AUGACUGGCCCCGACAUUCGCACCCACUGGGACAUCUCGUUCGAAUGGACGGAAUUCCAUAAGACUCCGGAUGAGUUGCGCCCAAUGACCCUCACGUACGACAAGCUCGCCGAUGAGUGCAUCGCCAAGCUCAACGAACUCGCGCCUCCUGAGAAGUAUCGCCCAAAGGCAGGAGAGCCAGCAAUCAAGGCACCCAAGCGAGAUCUACUGGCCUUGUUGGAGAAGCAUGCAAAGGACGACGCCAAGCUACAGGAGUUGUGGACUGAAAUUAACACGGUGCCUGACUGGGUCGACUGGGACCAGAUCAAGAGAGGCCAGGAAGUUUUCUUCCGCUAUGGAAUGCCGAUAAUGAAUGUGCUUAGCUUCCAGAGCCUCCUGGGUGGAAUGGGUGCCAGUCGUGUGGUUGAAACGUUAGCCAGGACAGGAGGGUUUGGUGCGGACGUCGUGCGGCGGAGGCUACUCGAAACCCUCCAACAUGUUCUUCAAGUAUCUCUUUCUCUGGACUCUAUCAAACCGGGCGGUGCUGGUCACAAAUCCUCGGUCAGGGUCAGACUUCUGCACUCUUCAGUUCGGUCGAGAAUCAUGAGCCUCGCCAAGGAGAAGCCGGAAUAUUUCGACAUUGAGGUACUUGGCAUCCCAAUCAGUGACCUUGAUUGUAUAGGGACCAUCAACACAUUCUCAACCAGUGUGGUGUGGAUAGGACUCCCCCGACAAGGUGUCUAUCUGACCGAGAAGGAGAUCGACGACUAUAUCGCCCUUUGGCGGUUGGUGGCAUACUACAUGGGUACCCCAAGCGACGUCUUUGCAGAUAAACCCACAGCGAAGGCCUUUAUGGAGUCAAUCCUCGCCUUCGAAGUCGACCCAAAACCGAUAGGGCAAGUCCUAGCCAAGAACAUUGUUAUAGGUCUUGAGAAUACAGCACCUAGCUUUGCAUCGGCAGAGUUUAUGGAAGCUAUGGCCAGGCAUCUCAACGGCGACAAACUCGCCGACCGCCUUGAUAUCCCAAAGACGAGCCUUUACUACCAAACUCUUAUAUACGGUUACUGCUAUCUUGUUAUCCUCAUUGCAUAUUCGAAUCGUGUGUUCCCACUUUUCGACAAAGCAUGGAUUGCGAUUCGCCGCAGGCUGUAUUAUUCGAUAAUCACAGAUAAGGAGCACGGUCUUGGCGGCGAAACAAUCUUUGACUUUAAAUAUGUACCUUGGUUUACCCGUACAACGAGACUAGGGACUCGCAAGGAGCGAAAGGCAACAAAGCCAGGUGUUGAAGCGCUUGCUCAGCUGGGUGUUCUCGCUGCCUGUACCUCAGCAGUGACCGUGCUGUAUGGAGCUCUGUCAGGAGCACGUCUGUUGGGCCAGCAGAAGCUGCUUCGCGCCUGGUGA